AUGAAUGUCAUAACCAUACUAUACAUACUCUCAUUAGUAAACUUUUGUCGUUGCGGAGAUGAUGAGGGACGCUCUUUGCCAGUCUCAAAGCCAGAGUCUACAUCGCAAUGUGCAAGUGCCAACCGACCACCUUCAUCUUCAGGAGACUCUGAUGAAGAUGAAGACUCUGCUCCCAUAAUUCUCGACUUGACAAACCCAAACCAUGAUAGGGUCGAGGUAGAGAAGCGCCAGUACACCAGAUUAAGCCACCAACAAAUAACACCAAAGCAAGGCUUCCAUAUCGCCUGUGUAGUCAACGAUGAUACCACUAUAUGGCAAUCAGAAAAUGAUACAAGGUGCAUAAUCGUCCAUUUCUACAGUUGCAAGACUUGUAUCAUCAGCCUCUGGCUAAAGGUCAAGAACGAGACCAGGAUUGAGCGUCUUGAGAAUGUGAACGGAGAGUGGAAGAAUAUCACACUGGAGCAAUUUAGUGAAAAGGUCGGUGAGAUUAACGAGACUGGUGCAUUUCCAGAGUCCCCUGGGGGUCCGUUGCAGGCUUCCCCCAGCCUCUACGGACCUAUUGGCGUCACGAACCCUUACCAGAGGACUGGAGGUCAAUCAAAAGAUGCAGCCUCUGCAGGUUCCUCAGAUGCCUCCGAUUUCAUUCUUGACAUUUCAAAUCCCAAUAGGUCCCUCGUGACCAUGAGACGAGUAACCUCACCUACUGGAGUUACAAGCUCUGUGUUAAUUAAAAUUAGGGGCCAAAACAUCAUCUUUGUCGUAGAAGGCGACUCUCCCAUUUGGACCGCCAGAGCUGGUGACGAUUUCAGGUCCUGCUUCAUCUACGAAAAGGAGGGACACUCUCCCAUCAUGAGGAUCCAUCCCGGCCGUAUACCGAACAAAUGCUUCGUUAAAGUCGGAGGAAGGUGGAUGGACAUCGUCAAUGACGACUAUGAGACGAGGUUUUACAAGAUGGACAAGGGCCUUCCAGGAGACCUGCAGGAAGGCGAAGCCGCUCUUUCCAGCAGCGGAUCACCCAAUUGCUUUUGCGCAGAACAGGCAGAGCCAGUUGGCGCUAGUUGCUCCAAAGAGUCGCCCGGGAAUGUGGAAGGUGACGACAAGCAAACCACAAUAUCACCUUUUGGAGCAUCGACUCCGGGACAUACUCUGGAUAUCGCGAAUCCAGACGAGUCGCUUGUCAGUUUCUUCGAGUAUUGCUACGACAGGAUUCACAGGAGAAUGAUCAUUCCGAGGAGGAAAUACCCAGUUACUAGGAUUCUAAACGGUCAGGAAACUGUCUGGGAAGGCGAUGAAAGCCACAAAUGCGCGCAGUGCAUCGUUUACCUGAAAAACGGUCAACCUGACAUUGCUCUCGUGGUAAAAAUUUCACCUUCCGGAACCCGUGACGAAUACUAUGAGCGUAUAAAUGGAGAGUGGUUUGACUGCGGUGGAAUACAUGCAGAGAAGAUUAGGGCAAUGAGGACAAUUGUUGAACCAAAGGGCGACAUUGUCAUGCGAUUGGAAGACAAGGAGGAUGGCGAAGAGAAAAAGGUCUUUUCGCUUGAACUAUUCGGUGUACCAUUCAGCUCGCAUGUUCCAAAUCCUGGCUACUCCGUAGUGGAAGUGAAGGAUGGAGAAGAGACGCUCUGGAAAGCCUCUGGAGAUGAAAGAUGUGUAUUCUGCGAAUUGUAUCACAAUGAGCUGAGCUUCCCACUACUCCUCAUUAGCGUAAAUGAUAAAAACUCAAAGUACUUUGAGAAUAUUUGCGGGAUGUGGAUGGCACUACCGGAGGAGGAUUUCCAGAGCAAAAUUCUCGAGAUGAGCCUCUCUAGAAAACUAUGCACAGAAUGGUCCGCCGUACCUCCCAAAGAUGAAGACUAG